UCAUAAUGGUUCGAGCUGCAGCGUCUCGCUCGAGCUGAGCAACACUGGAGAGGCAGCGCUACCGUUACCACACGAGUCUGACGAACACCUGCGCGAGAUCAACAUCAACACGGGUCUGAUCGAGCGGAGGAUGCAUCAGUCUGUUCUUACUUCCGCUCUCCAGUGGUUUUAAAAGCGUGCCAGUCAGAGUGACUGAAAUGUGGAGCGCGAGUUAAACUGAGUAGGCGCGUUUAAGUUUCAUUCCUCUGAGAUCUGGACGCGUUUCUGCGAAUAAUAAUGAAUGACAUAAAAGUUGCAGUUCUGGGAUCCGAGGGUGUCGGAAAAUCAGCACUUAUUGUUCGAUUUCUAACCAGGCGAUUCAUUGGAGAGUAUGCGUCAUCAUCAGAGUGCAUUUACAGAAAGCGCAUGUCUAUUGAUGGAAGACAGCUUAAUCUUGAACUUUAUGACCCCUGUUCUCAGCCGUGCGAGGGGAAAUCCACUCUCAAUGAGCAGAUCCACUGGGCCGACGGUUUUGUGGUCGUUUACGACAUCAGCGAUCGUUCCUCCUUCUUCACUGCCAAAGCCAUAGUGCACCUGAUCCGAGAGCUUCACCUGGGAGGGACUAAAAGGGACUCAGACUCUGUGAUUUUCCUUGUGGGCAAUAAGCAAGACUUGUGUCACAUGCGGGAGGUGGACAGAGAGGAAGGCCAGAGGCUUGCGUCCGAGAGCCGCUGCCAGUUUUACGAGCUGUCUGCUGCGGAGCACUACCAGGAGGUGGUGCUCAUGUUCUCCAAGAUUGUGCGCAAUGCCAGUCUGGGAGGCAAAGCCAAGGAGCGCCGCCGGCGGCCCAGCGGUUCAAAGUCCAUGGCCAAACUCAUCAACAACGUCUUCGGAAAACGGCGGAAAUCUGUUUGAGAACGAACUUGGACAAUUGUUACAGGACUGACUUAUGAGAUUCAUCAAGCUUGUUUAUAUAGUUCCUCACCGCUUAUUGUCUUGGCCACAUAGUCAUUACCGGGUGAAUCUCACAAAACAUCAAGAACAUGGACAAAUUUCACCUCAAAUUAAAAAAAAUUAUGAUUUUAUGAUUUUUGAUUUUUGCAUUGCAAAAAUAUUUUCAUGACAAUAAAGCACAAUUACCUCAAAAAUUCUCAUUACCGUAAUGGAAAAAAAAAGAGAAUUAGAAAAUGCAUUGUGGUAAUGAGAAAAUAAUGUCACAAUGCAAAACAUUUCAAAUAGGCUUAAAAUUACAUUUUGCAUUUUUUUUUUUAACAUCUGUGUACAGCUGCACAUCUCUGUUCUUUGCCUUAAAUGUUUAUUUAAUCACUUCUUAGGGUGUUUAAACAGCAGAUUUUAAAAGAACAGAAAAAAUAAGGACACCAAGUCUGAAGUUGUGAAAUAUUGGUUAGCUUGCUAUGUAGUCAUAGAUCAAAUGUUCCUAAAUGUUCACUUACUGUUUGAUGUUAUUUAAUCACUUUUUACAUGUAUGAUGCCAGCAAUGACUGACUAAUGGUGUCGUUUAUGGAUUUUGAAAUCUCUUCAUAUUCAUGAAACAUAAAUAUCUGUGCAUUAAAAUUAUGUAACAGUA